CGCGAUCAAAUAAACGGAUUUUCUAACCCAACUUUCACCUAAUUUGACAUUUUUAGUACACGUCAAAGAAAACUAAAAACACGUACUUGAAUAUUAUUAUUAAAGUUAAAUUAACACAUAAAAAUUAAACCUGGCAUCGUUUAAGAUGAGACGAGCCCAUGCUGGUAAUUAUUAUGAACCUUUACCACAAAAUUCAAAUGAAAUCGAAGACGAAAAUGAUCGUGUUACGAGUGAAUUACAAGAAAAAAUAGGUGUGUUAAAAUCGCUGUCUAUAGAUAUUGGAAAUGAAGUUAAAUACCAAGAUAAACUACUUAGGGAUAUUGACGAUGAUAUGGACAGAACUGGUGGAUUCUUAGGAACGACGAUGUCCAAAGUUUUAAAAUUAUCAAAAGGUUCUCAUAACUAUUAUAUACUGUAUUUAUUUGUAUUCUCUAUCGUAGUGUUUUUUAUAUUGUACCUCGUGUUAAAAUUUAGGUAGGCAAUAUUAAAUAAUAUUGUAAUGAAUGUAUCAUGUUGCAUUAGAAGCAACAUUUUUGAGAUAUAAUUUAAGAACUAUAUAGGAGAUUGGGCUGGGAUUGAGAUUUUUAUAUAAAAAAUGUUAUUCUAAUGUAU